UGUAAUCAUUGCGGGGUGAAUGUCACCUCCACGGCAAGAUGGCGGCUAGAGUUCUCCUGAGCGUUGCAACCGGUGCCAGGAGGGUUGCAGCCCGGCCUCGAACCGAGCACCGCGUUUUAUCUUUAGAUGCCGGCACCGCCACGUUAACUCUAGCCAGGGCAUUGUCUGCAACUUCAUUCAACAACAGGGAGGAUAGCUGGUUUAAAUCGCUGUUUGUCAGAAAGGUGGAUCCACGCAAAGAUGCUCAUUCAAAUUUGCUAGCUAAAAAAGAAACAAGCAGCCUAUACAAAAUUCAGUUUCACAGUGUAAAACCAGAAUCCCUAGAGGCUUACAACAAGCUUUGCAUAGAUGUAUUACCAAAGAUUCACAAAGAUGACAAAUACCCUUGUGAGCUCGUAGGGACAUGGAAUACAUGGUACGGAGAGCAGGAUCAAGCUGUCCAUCUGUGGAAAUACAGUGGAGGUUACCCUGCACUUACAGAGGUGAUGAAUAAACUGAGGCAAAACAAGGAGUUCAUGGAAUUUAGGAAGGAAAGGGGACAAAUGCUACUUUCCCGAAAAAACCAAUUGCUUUUAGAGUUCAGUUUCUGGAAUGAACCUUUGCCCAGGACAGGACCCAAUAUUUAUGAACUCAGAUCAUACCAGCUCAGGCCAGGAACAAUGAUUGAAUGGGGUAAUAACUGGGCUCGUGCCAUUCGAUUUCGACAGGAGAACAAUGAAGCAGUUGGUGGCUUCUUCUCGCAGAUUGGUGAACUUUAUACAGUGCAUCACCUAUGGGCUUACAAAGAUUUGCAGUCAAGAGAUGAAACACGAAAUUCAGCAUGGCAGAAACCUGGCUGGGAUGAAUGUGUAUACUACACAGUGCCACUCAUUCAACGGAUGGAUUCCAGGAUUAUGAUCCCACUGAAGAUUUCACCACUUCAGUAGAACUCAACUAGGAACAUCUUGCAAGAAAGUUAAUUGUGUUUUGUCUUAACAUAUGAGGGAAAAAUGAGCUUGUCAAGAUUCAAAAGCAUAUUUUAACUUCUGGACCUUUUAUCAAAUUUACAGAAAUAUUUCUGAAGCUAACUCUGUUACCACCGGUAAUAUUUUAUUUCCAAAGCACUAAAAUUACUCUGUUAGGUGUUUAAUAUCUUGAAUGCUUACCAUAUAUUUUAUUGUCUUACUUCAGUUUCGUCACUCCUUUACCUUUGGACAGUUUCAUUAAUGUUUUUUUUAA